CAGCGUGCAACAUGGCGCUGGUGCCCUGCCAGGUGCUGCGCGCCGCCAUCCUCCUGUCCUAUUGCUCCAUCCUGUGCAAUUACAAGGCCAUUGACAUGCCCGCGCAUCAGACCUAUGGAGGCAGCUGGAAAUUUCUGACCUUCAUAGACCUGGUUAUCCAGGCUGUCUUCUUCGGGAUCUGCGUCUUGACUGACCUGUCCAGUCUUCUCACUAAAGGAAACGACAGUCAAGAGCAAGAGAGGCAGCUGAAAAAACUCAUUUCCCUCCGUGACUGGGUGAUGGCUGUUCUAGCUUUCCCUGUUGGAGUGUUUGUUGUGACAAUGUUUUGGAGCAUCUAUAUCUACGACAGGGAACUGGUUUACCCAAAGCUGCUUGAUAAUUUUAUACCAGCGUGGCUAAAUCAUGGAAUGCAUACAACAGUUUUGCCCUUUGUAUUAAUCGAGAUGAGAACAACACAUCAUCAGUAUCCCAGCAGGAGCUGUGGACUGGCUGCAGUGUGCACCUUCGCUGUUGGCUAUAUUUUAUGGUCAGAAGGGAAGAGAUUUACAUUCUUGAAGAGAGCCCAGCAGCUCACAGGCCCCAGCCUGUCUCCACUGAGCACUUUUCCCAGGGUGUGCUGGAUUCACCACGUUACAGGAGUGUGGGUGUACCCACUUCUUGAGCACCUCAGCCCAGGUGUCAAAAUAAUCUUUUUUACAGCUGUUACCAUAAUAAUUAACAUAUUCUACUUGGUGGGAGAGGUCCUGAACAACUACAUCUGGGAUACCCAAAAAUGUAUUGAAGAAGGAAAAGAAAAGCCAAAAUUGGACUGAAUGAUAGAGGCAAUAUGGAGGAUUGUUUAUGGCUCCAUGGAAGAUUUCUCAUCCCCGACAGAGGCUGGCAUGGAGAGGAAUCUUUUGGAAAGAAGGAAGUUUAAUGGGCCCUCUGCUCAGUGCAAGGAUAUUUUUGGGGUUUAUAUGGAGGGAAAAUUAUUUUAGCUGAGAAUAAUAAUAAUAAUAAUGUUUCAACCUCCGUUCCUAUUUCUCCAUGCUUGCAUGUGACAUACACAUAGAAGAUGUAUAUUUAUCUCCACGGCAUUCUCAACAUGUGUUUCUUGCAUCAAGUAAGUCAUUACAUCAUUAAUUAAUUAAAUCUUUUCACUUCCAUCAAGAAGAACAAUGAGUCCAUUCUCUGUAUUGUUUGAGAAAAACUUAACCAGAUAGGUCUAAUAUGGGGAAACAAAAUCAUCUUAUAUAUUUUGAAGUGCAGUGUAAAAACACAGUGGAAGUUAAUUGCAUGAAUGUAUUCGAAGAAGGAUUCCAUCUGACUGAAAUACUAAUGUAACACUAUGUAACAGCUGCCUUAAAUCGGUGAUGUUAAUAAUUUUAUCAGUCCAGUAAAAUCUUAUUUGCGGUGUUAGACUAUCUGAAUAUGAUGCAACUUUUCUUAAAUAGGCCUAAAUAAAGAUCAAAUUAUCCCUGCA